ACACCCUGUGGCUGUCCUGGGCUACAGCUAUGGGACAUGCUGUCUUGUAAAGCUCGAGAGAGACUGGACUCUGGUGGCAGGUGACAAGAGGGACCUUAAGCCUGGCCAGGAAGGCAGGGGCAAUGGGACAGAGGCAGACUUCCCAUCUUUGGGAAUGUGGGGAAUGCAUGGCCUCCACUGUUCUUUGCUCUCUGCUGACUAUCCAGUUAAUGAGCAGUGAGGGCUUUGCAAGGUUGCUGUUGUGGUUGCUAGCACUGCCAGCGCUGUCCUGUGACAAAACGUGGGCAUCCCCUAUCUGUGCUCCCUUGGAAGCCUUCCCACCCAAGCAGGCAGCUCUUGUCCCUUAGCAUCUUCUGCCCACGUGUCAUCUGUGGGCAGGACUUCCUGCCUUCCUUCUAGGAGGAGGCUGGGCUCCCAGGAGCCCAGUGCAGUGUGUUGUGUACUCUGUUUUCACAGCGGUGACAAGCUCAGAGCGGAAGCUGUCUGCAGAGGAGGGUGGCAGUAGCUGAGAGGGCAACAUGGCUCUUAAUGGGAUCCUCAGGGGCUGACUGUGAGGAAGGACUGGCGCUAGUGGAGCAGAGAUGCUGUGCAUGGGAGAAACAUACGUGAGCAGGAGAUGCUGGAACCAGGGGAUGCUGUUGCUGAUGCUCCAAGAGUGUGAAGGAAGAGGUGUCUAUGCCAUGGCCCAGUCCCUGGCCCCAUAUACCGUAAGAGGGAGGAAGGAUGUAGGAGCCUGAGUGUGGUCUGGGCUUCAGGCCAUUGGUACUGCAAUGGUGUCUGGGGUCCUGGCCGUGGCUGGCUGUCACCCUGGCCCAGGUGGGUCCAGAGUGACACUUGCAUUCCCAGUUGCAGGUUACUCACCAACUCAGGUUAAUGGCUAACCCUGGGGCAGCUGCUGCAGAAGGUGGAAGUUCAGCCAUGUGCAGGCUGUGUUAGGCCCUUGUGGGGGGUGGGAGUCUGCCGGUCUGUUCCGCACUGCAGAACAGGAGGGAGCGCGGGGAGGCAGCAGCAUGAAUGGGGGCUGCCACAGAAUACCUGGUGCUGGGAGCCCCCCAUCCUGCUCCUGGCAGAAAAUGUGCUCCUGUAUGCUGAGCUGCUGCUUAGCCCUUCAGCACCUUGCUGUACAGGCCUCCCUGCUCUGCAUCUUCCACCUGCUCCUGCUCCCGACCCUGCCUGAGGAGCAGCCCCAGGCUGCAAGCGAGCUGCUGGCACGCAGCCUCUUUGCCUGUGGCAUCUCCACCAUCCUACAGACCUGUUUGGGGAGCCGGUUGCCGCUGGUUCAAAUCCCAUCGUUUGAAUACCUGGUCCCUGCCAUGGUGCUGAGCUCCCACCGGUCCGUCAGUGCCAGUGCAGACAGGAAUGGUACGGCGGCGGCCAGCGUGUGCCCUGCACCGCACUGCGACAUCGCGGGUAGCCGGGCUGCGUCGCUGCGAGAGGUCUCGGGAGCUGUGGUGGUCUCCGGGCUGGUUCAGCUGGUGCUGGGAGCGUCCGGAGUGUGCGGGUGGGCAGCCCGCCGCUGCGGGCCCAUGGUCCUGGCCCCGAGCCUCUCCAUCGUGGGGCUGUCCGCGUACAAGGAGGCAGCCUUCUUCUGCUCCGCUAACUGGGGGGCUAGUGCUCCUCGCUGUCACCUUCUCCCAGCAUCUGGGGUCCUGCCGCCUGCCCUGCUGUGCCUGGGGGGGCUACGUGGCGCCGUCCAUCCCCACCCUGCGCACAUUCUCGGUGCUGCUCCCAUUUGCUGGCAUCUGCAUCGUGUGCGCCAUCCUCAGCCACCUCCGCAUCCCCUGGGACUCGCUGGAGCUGGCCAUGGAACAGCUGCCCUGGGCCAACAGCACUGGCCGCUCCCCGUGGCUCUGGAUCCCCUACCCAGGUCGGGGUGGGCAGGACUAGCACCGCUAUCGCCCUCUGCUCGGGCACUCAUCACCCACCGCUUCUCCCCCUGCUGCAGGCGAGGGAGGGUGGCCGCUGCUCACCCCCCGGGCGCUGGCGGUGGGCAUCGCCAUGGCCGUCGGCGGCAGCGUCAACUCGGUGGGCUGCUACGUGCUGUGCGGGAGGCUGCUGCGAGCCCCCCGCCCGCCCCCGGAUGCCUGCAACCGGGGCCUCUGCGCCGAGGCGCUGGGCAGCCUGCUGGCAGGGCUGCUGGGCGCCGCGGGCGGCACGGCCUCCAGCAUCGCCAACGCCUGCGCCAGCAGCCUCACGCAGGCUGGCUCUCGCCUCUCGGUGCAAGUGAGCGCACUGGUGUGCGUGCUGCUGGGCAUGUCCCCCAGGCUGGCAGGGCUCCUCACCCGCAUCCCGCUGGUGGUUCACGGAGGGGUGCUCUGCGUGACCUACGCUGUGGCUGUGGGCACGGGUAUCUCCUACUUCCAGUACGCGGACAUCGACUCAGGGAGGAACAUCUUUAUUGUCGGCUUCACCAUGUUCAUGGCCCUGCUGGUGCCACGGUGGCUCAGCACCACUCCGGUUCACUUGGCCACAGCCCCUGGGUCUGCCCAGACAUGCUCCUGCCCCUUCCUGGCUCCUGGGCUGGGAUGUCCUGGGUAACCCUGGUGCUGCCCCCAGGCUGGGUGCCUCUGGACCUCCUCUUCCUCUCCCUGCUGAUGGUGCCUGUCUUCUUAACUGGCUUCUUGUCCUUCUUCCUGGAAAACACGGUCUCAGGCACCCUGGAGGAGCGAGGGCUGCUCGCCAAGGUGGCAGCGGCACGGAGAGGCGAUCGCUGCCCCUGGGGAGAGAGGGGCGACACCAGCCACGUGUACGGGCUCCCCGCCGGGCUGAGGAGGCUGCUGCCUCCUUCCAGGUGCAAAGCCUUCCCCUGCUGCUUCCUCUGCCCGGGCCGCGAGGAGGAGGAGGAGGAGGAGGGGGGCGGCCGUGCCGCCGAGGAGGGGACUGCCACCACCGGGGAAGGGACGCACCUGCUGCUGAAAGUCGGCACGGUGGAGAUGCAGUCGGAGAGGAGGCCAAGCGAGACGGAGAUGCCCGUGUGGCACGCUGCGGCCUGACCGUGGGCCCUGCUCCCACGGAGAGGGGACAUCUCCCAUGGGACCUGUGUCAGCCCUCCAAGGCAGUGACGGGAGGCGACUUGGAUCCCCGCAAGCCUCUU